AUGCUUUUCUUAAAAAGCCAAAAAAAACCCUUUUUUACCAAAAAAACAUUGGCUAACUAAUAAAGUUAGUCCUAAAAUACAUAAAAUUAAAUAAAUAACAACCCUUAAAAUAAAGUGGAUGAGAACUUUAAAAUUUACAACGAAAAUGAUUAUAUUAACCAAAUUAAAUUGUAAAAUGAUAAGUUUAAGACAUUAAAUCCAUUAGAAAUACAAGGUAGCAGUCACAAAGAAAUUUGUUAGUAGAAUUUAAAUAUUGACAUUUAAAGGAAAAAAAAUCCUUAAAAACUAUUGUAACCUAUUUAAACAUUAGAUCCAUAAAGGAGUAUAGAAAGGGCUAGCUUACAUAGCAACAGUAUUGCAGCAACUUCUUCAAGAAAUGACCAAACUUUCUUAUAUUAAAAUGGUAAAAAAUUUAGAGGAGGAUAAAAGCUUUAAAAGCUAAAUGAUAUUAAUUUUAAUGAUAAGGAGUUUACUCCUUGGGAACAAAAAAAUACUGUUGAUUUAUUAGAUGUUUGCUAAGAAGAAGAUAUUUUAACAAAUUUUCAUGGAUAACAUUUAGAUAAAGAAUUUAAAAUAGGAUAUAAUAAAAACCAUCAUCAUAAUUUUUACCUUAAAAGUUUGAAACUAAAUAACCAAAUCGAUGAAGAUAAGAUCAUAAAAAAGACUAAUAAUAGAGAAUCAUACUAAACUACUGUAUUAAAUUAAAACCGUAACAGAUUAAAUGAUUCUCAAGAUAGUAACAGUAAUAGCACUGGUAGCAACAGCAACUUAUUAAAUUUUUCAAACCAGCUUAAAUCAGUAGCAACUUAUAAAUAGCUAAUAAAUAACACUAAUUCAUAAGAGAGUAGUAAAAUGGAGAAUUACCUUUCUACCUCUUAAUUAAAUAAUAUUGAUAUUCAAGAUAUCUAAAAUAAGAAUGAUAUUAUUAAAUAUGGUAGAAUUUAAAACAUUACUCCUAAAGGAUAAAAAGGGAGAUGUAAAAGUGUAGUAAAAGAGAGAACAGAUAAGUCAUCUUUAAACAACAAUUCUUUUGCCAACAAUUAUCAUUACCAUAACUUAACAAUAAAUACAGAUAACGUGUAAAUAGAAAAUCCUGGAAUCAACACUUUAUUUAGUAACCCUUUCCAAAAAAAUAAUGAAUAUGAACAAUAAUGCACAAACUUUGAUAUGUAAGACAUAAGCACUAGAUUAUAAACUUUUGAUGAAUCAAAUAGUAGAUGUAUAAAAUCAAGAAAAAAUAAGCACCUUAAAACUCUUUCAAUAAAUAGUUAAAAUUUCUCGGAAUAAGCUUAUAUUAAAGAUUCUAUAUCUUCUUAUUAAAUGCUCAAGCAGAGUAGCUUAGGACGUUCACAUACACCAAAGACCAAUUAGAAUAAAAGACUAUCUAAUAAUUCAAGAAAUAUAACACUAAAUGGUGAUACACCUAUUUCAUUAAGGCCAAUAUAUACUCCUGUUGGGACUAGUGGAGCAAGAGGAGAAAGAGGGCUGUAGGAUCGAGGAAAUACAAGCUUUAUGAAUAGUGUAUUAUAGGUAUUUAGGUAUCUUGAGAUUUACAGCUAAGAAAUUUUAAAUUAUGAAACUCAGGAAGGAGGAAAUCCUCCUUUUAUCUUUUUCUUAAAGAGUAUAUUCAAAGAUUUAAGUGAAAACAGAGAACCAGUGAAAUACACUUAGUUUAUUAACUUCAUAUAUACAUCAUCAAACUAAUUCAAAAAAAAUGAAACAGGAGAUGUUGACAAUUUCAUUGAAUACCUGAUUUAAGAAACUCUAACCACUUUAAUAAAAUUUUAAUAGAAUAAUAGUAAUUAGUCUAUUACUUGCUCAAAGAACCAUUCUUCUAGCUAAUAGCAAGCUUUAAACAAAAGUUCUAGUUAUUUAUAGACUGAAUAUGAAAAUAUGAAAAUUGAUUAAAGUACUAAUUUUUUACAAAAACAUUCUAUAAAUAUCCUUAGUCGCCCUAAAUAAUCAAGGAUGGGCAAUUUCAUUUCAAAUCAAACUUAAGAAACUCAAAUAGAUACCUUAGAUAACGAUAAUUUUGAAAUAUUUCAGUAAAGUGAUUAUUGUCUAUUUGAAAGUUCAGAGUUUGGCAUGAAGAAACUAAAAGGAUCAUAAAAGGAGGGAUAGCUAUAAAAUUUAGGUAAUUUAAUUAAUGCUACAAUUAAUUUCGAUGUCAAAUUGAGUUUAGAAGACAAAAAAGUCAAAGUAUUUUUGCCUUGCUUACCUGAAUUUAGGGAGAUAGAUAAACAAAUUAUUGAUAUUUAUAACAAAUUUGUUCAAAGUAUAGAGCAUUCAAACAUACUAAAUUUAUCUUAGCUCUUUUUUGGAGUCUCAAAAGUAACAUAUUGCUGUUUGAAUUGUCAAAGACUUGAUGAAUAAUUAAAUGAUAUAAAUUUAUUUAAGAUAAUUAAAAUUUAUGAUGACUCAGAAUAUUCUUUGGGAGAAAGAGUAGUUUAAACUGGAUUUUUCUAGUAUCACGUUUGCAAAACCUGCAAAAUAGAAACCAAAUUUAUCUAAAAGCUAGUUUAUUACACUCUCCCAAAGUAUUUUUUUAUUUCAAUACAAAAAUAAUCUAAUUUUAAGUUACAAUUUUGCUCAAAUGGAAUAAAACCUCCCUCAAGUUCAUCGAGCUUGCCAAAUAAAAAAUAAGGAAAAUGUUUAUGUGAUACACAAAAUUUCUAAAUAGAAACAAUUUACAAGAGCUAAGUUUAAUACUCUUUAAAAGGAUAAAUCUUAAACUAGUAGGGGUCUUCAAAGUUUUCGACUUUAAUACAGCCAUAGAACUAAGCUAAAGAAGAACCUAUGAUAAAUCUAUUUAGCGACUAGUAUUUUAAAUAAAGAAAUAAAUUUGCAAAUGAAAAUGUUAAAAUUAUGAUUUAUGAAAGAAUUGACAAUUGA